GUAAAACAUAAUCACGUCAUAUGAUUUUCAUCUCUUAAACUUGCGUUGAGGUUGAAGCCACUUCUUUCAGUUCAAGGUUGCAGGGGAGCCAGAGCCUAUCCCGGCAAGCAGCGGGCACAAGGCAGGAUACACCUCGGACUGGACGCCAGUUUAUUACAUGACACACACAGACAGUCGCACCAGGGCCAGUUCUCCCAGAAGCCAGUGAAGCUACCAGUAUGAUUUUGGGCUAUUGGAAGAAACUGGAGCACCAGGUGGAAACCCAUAAGAACACAGAGAGAACAUACAGACUGCAUGCAGACAGCAGCCUGGGUCCCCAGCGCUGCGAGGUCACCGUGGUUGGCUUGUGGAUGGAUGCUCGCUUAGAGCAGAGCGACUUGCGGCUGAAGCUAAAACUCAUUAUCCUGGGGGGUGCGGGGAAAUUAAAGCACUAGAAGAAUAAUGACGUCUGACCAAGAAAGCACUGUGCUCUCCGGCGUCUUUGAUAUGGACUAUUCGUCUUGGGAUGUGCGUUACAGAAUAAUUGCUUUGGGCUUUGUUUUCUACAGCGCAGUGUUUCUGGUUGCUCAUGUCAUCUCACUUUGCUGCUCCCAGACGUACUGUUCCUUGACAGCCAAAGAGAAGCUCUUCUGGGACCUUGCUGCCACCCGGGCUGUCUUUGGCAUUCAAAGCGUCUUUGCUGGCUUGUGGGCACUAAUGUUGGACUCGGAAGUCUCCGCUGACAAAGUCAGGGGCCAGGAGGACUGGUCUUGGUUCAGCAUCCUCACAGCCACGGCCUUCUUCUCCUUCGAAAACGUGGCUCUGCAUGGAUCCAACGCAGUGUUCCGCUCCUUUGACCUGCCCCUGGCCGUCCAUCAUUUCUUUGCCCUGGCAGGGUUUCUGGGCGCUGUGAUCUGGGACCAUGUCGGACACUAUUUUCCUAUGGUGACGCUGUUGCUCGAAAUGAGCACUCCAUUUACUUGCAUUUCCUGGAUGCUUUUGAAGGCUGGCUGGGCAAAAACACUCUUUUGGAAGGUCAACCAGUGGCUGAUGAUUCACCUGUUUCACUGCCGGAUGGUCCUGACCUACUACAUGUGGUGGGUUAGCUGGUGCCACUGGGAUGCAAUGAGACAGCACAUUCCUCUGCUUCAGCGCAUUAUCUUUUUCACUGGCCUGGCGCUCCUCACUGUCAUCAUCAAUCCCAUCUGGACACACAAAAAGACAAUGCAGCUUCUCAACCCGGUGGACUGGAACUUCGGGAAUAAGCCAGCUCCAGUAAAUGGCCCAGGCAGCAGCAGAAAACAACAUCCAUCGAAGAAAAGUGACUAAAAUCACACAGUUUCUCCAAAGGUCUUUCCCUGUGCCUAGUCUGUAUUCCAAGAUGAUAAAAUAUACUAAAACGUGUCACACCACGGUAAAGUGUAGGUAUUACAGUGUAUUUUGUUGUAAAAAGUAGGGAAAGUAGAAUCCAGUGGAAAGGCUCCGGUGGAGUGCAGGUUCUGGAAUUAGGGCAUUCUCUUGGAAGGAGAGUUCAGGAAUGGAUUGAUAAUAAUCUGUUUUAAAGCUUUUGUAGCUAACACACUAACCACAUUUCUCUUUUAUUUUUGUGGUGCUUCAGGUUGCUGGAAGAGUAGUGUUCAGCAUAGGAGCCUCUUAUUCUUUUCCUGUUAUUACUCAUUCAUUUAACAGUGUUUUGGGGAAAAAAGUGUAUCUUAUAUAAGAGAUAGGAUAAGAUCACUUUAUUAGCCAUAUACAAUUUCUUCCAUUAGGAAUUUGUCUCUUCGCAUACUCCAGCUUGCUCUCCAUUAGACAGGGAGAGAAGCUUGGGGUCCGAGUGCAGGGUUAGCCAUUGUACAACGCCCCUGGAGCUGUUGGGGUUAAGGGCCUUGCUCAGAGGCCCAAUGGAGUAGGAUUCCUCUGCCGGCUGCGGGAUUUGAACCAACAACCUUCCAGUCCCACCCCUCCGCCCAUAUGUUUACCUUGCAUAAUGUAAACCAGCUUUAUAUAGUCAAAACAAAUUCCAUAAUCCAUCCCUGCUAAUCAACAAAGACAGUUGUAUGUUUUGUUUGAAAACCAAUUUUAAGUUAUUUGUAACUUAAUAUUUUUAUGAUCGUGAACCUUGCACUAUUAUCUUUGCAUGUGCCAUCUGACUCCCGUGGUCUGGCUGACUUCCAGUUGUAGUCAGAGAUAGGUCCAGAAGAAAAAGUGAGAGGAUGUCUGUGCGUUGCCUCAUUAAAUAAGGUCCUGGUCUAAGUGCUGCUCUGAUAUUGACUGUCUGGUGCAUCUCUAGAAUGGGCAUCCCCUGGAUUUAACUUGGCCACCUAGUAAGGAAAAGCUAGCAGCAUAAAAUUGUUUACAAGCGCCAUCUGCUGGUAAAGGUGUAAAGCUGAUGCCUCAAAACUGCUUCAACAACCUGUUUAUUCUGUUAGUGAGAAAUACUUGUAAAAGCCAGUUUGCAGACGUACCGUAUGUUGCCAUUGGCUUCAUCUUACCUGAGUUACAUAUUUCAAAAACCUUUGAUUAUAAGUAUAGUUUGUGAAUUAAGUUAUUGUAUGUAUUGUAUGUAUGUAGUGCCUCUCUACUAAAUAUUGUUAAGCUUUGGACUUUGAUGCAUUGCAUUAACAUUGUAAUUGUUUCAGGGUCAAAAUGAAUGGGCUUAUUGUUCUCUGUGUCUUUAAAGGAGGUAGUCUCGCUGCACUUACUGUACUUACGUUAAUGUAUAGUACGUUGUAAUUAUCACUUAAUGGUGUGUGGUAAGUUUGAGUUUUUAAUGGACAAUAGUGCUUGUCUUCGUUGAGGCUUCAAAGGCGGAACUCUUCUUUCGAAGACAAAGCAAUCAAAAUAUAACUUGAACCAUACUGAACUUUUCUUGGAUGUUCCUGUACAGCAUGUUAUAUAACAUCAACGUCCUCCAGAAACCAUUACACAGCUUGUUGCUGGCAGGAUAGAAAAGUACAGGCGAGAAAUGGAAGAAUUUAUCAGGUCUUUGCUUUGAAGCUUUAUUUGUUGUGUGGUUCGUGCUGCAGCUUGUGGUGUGCCACAAACAUUUUCAAGUAGGGAGCUGUGUUGGCGUGUUUGGGUAAAGGUUAAAGGUUAAUUCCACACAAAAAAUAGAAAAGAUAAAGCAACAUUUUGGAUGCAGUCUUCUUCAGAUGUGAGAGAGAGAAGUGGUAAAAAUAAAGGGGAGCAGAAUAAAGAACAAAUUCAUUCUCACCUUUGUUCUUUGUAUUUUAUAUUCUCACUUCCUUUGUCUCUGGCUCACACCUGAAGAAGGCUCUAGAGCAGAAACGUUGUUUCUCCUUUUUAUUUUUCAAUGUGGGAAACAUAAAAGCAAGUAUCUUUUACUUGUUUCUUUACAAGCACAUGUUACUGUUUUGCUGAUCGGGAAGAAGUAGUCAUCUGUUGCAGGGGGUUUUAAUGCCCUUUUUGAAUUUUAUGAACAGUAUUUUUCUGGGGCAUUUCAGUAAAAAUGAUUGGUAAAUUGAUUUUAUCAGGUAAUUUGUGGGUGAAUUACACUGGGAUGACCAUUGGUUCGUUCAGUUCCUGCAUUACUGUAAAUAUAAUGCAAAAAUGGCAUGGUAUACAUUAAUAUAUUGUUUUACCUUGUUUUGUUUAACUGAAAUCUGUUUCUUGCAGAUAAUAUCAUGCAUAUUUCUGGAGUUUAUUCUGUUUGUUCGUGGUCUAGUGAACAGAGCUUCUAAUCAGACUUGCUAAGGAGUGUAGGAUAUUUAGUAAGCUAUUUACUCAUACAUUUACAGGUACUCAAACUGAACAGUCCAGUGGGAAUAAUCUUCAAACAGGAGCACAUGUCCUUGAUUUCCUUUUUUUAUUCAGAUUUGGCUUGUGGUUUUUAGUUUUUUUUUAAAAACAAAUUGUUUAUUCACACAAACAGGGCAGUCAAAACCACAUGAAAUGUCAAGAAUGUUUGUGGGAAAGAGAACUACUUGGGGAAAAAAUACAAAAAGGAGUCGUGAGAAUGUAGCUAGUUUGUCUAUUUUGCUAACUUUUUUAAUGCUUCACUCUCCUGAUACGGGUAUUGGGAAACAUGAGCUACUGCACUGUGUACUGUAGUUAUGUUUUCUUAAUAUUGACGGUGGUAAAGUUAAAUAAAACUGGAUCAUAUGUUGGAAACGUUAAUGGUGAGAGAUAAUAAUAUGUGGUCUUAACAGUUUUUUUUUCUGUUUCUCCUCUUGUUAAAAAGCUACAUCGAUGAGCAAUUGCAUAUUGAAGAGUCGACAAAACAGCUGCAGGCUAACCUAGAAACAGAUUUUUGUGCUUUUUUGCUAUGGACAGCUUGCAAGAUGCCACUAUAACCUUUGAAAGAAAACGAAUAAUCAAUUAUUAAUAUCAUAUCAAUUGUGUUCAGUUCAGAGAUGAGAAAUGUGCAGUGUGGCCUAACGUGGGGGCUGUGUUGAGUGCAGAGGCGGAGCCCUGGAUGAAGGGCGACGCGUGGCAUUAGAAGCCGCAGCUGUCGGGGCCCUUUAAGACACACUGAGCACGCCCUGGAGGGACGCGCAGACCGCCCCGCAAGGGGAGACCAUUCCCGCGGCAGUCCAGGGAUAGAGACGAGAGCGUAAAGCCGUCAUUUUCUUUUGAUUUUAUUUUUAUCUCCCCGGGGCUAGAUGGGAACAGUCCGGCCUGCAGGCCGCUGCUCAAAGCAGUACAUUUUUCUCCCCCCCCCCUCCCUCCGGUUCUCGCUGACCUCACACUGGUGCCUCCGCCCCCUCAGAGUGGGCGUCGACUUUUACCGGUGUUUGCCCUGGCUCCUCCCACUCCUACAUUAUUCUAAUCAACAGUUUAGACUUGAGGAAUAAAUACUGAGCCAGAUUUUUUAAAAAAAAACAAUCGUCAUUUUAUGCACAGUGUGCAUAAAACACUUGUAUCAAAAAAAUAAUAAUUGAAUUGAUAAAUUUAAUCAGUAUUCUUCAAAACAAAAAUGUUGCACAAGACACCAGAGGCUUUCAGGGGAUCUGAAGUUAUUGGUUAAAGAGAGAAAUGCAAAGGCUGGGCCUCCUAUGUAUCAGGUGGCUGUAAACAUUUUAAUAACUGCAGUGUGAUAAAUGCAUCUCCAAAUGGAGACAAUGAGUCGGACUAAUGUGUUCAGCAAUUCAAAUGUUGACUAUUUUCUAACAGUAUUGGGUGUCAUUCUGAUUUAUGUAGGAUUAUAACAUUCCUAUUAUAAUAGCUCUGCAUUUGCUAUUUCUGUUAUGGGUUACUUUGUCAGAGUUGUAGUUGAAGUGCUGGGAAAAAGAACUUUAAUGUAGGUUAUAUUAAUCAGUUCUUUGGAAACUCACGAUUUCACCUUAUGGAGUGACAAGGAAAGUGCAGUGUUAAUCGGUCUUUUUUUCCCAUUUCAAUUGUAUAAAAAAUAUGCAUUUUGUACUGUAACUAGCAAACUUUGUUGAUACUCAAAAGAAUUUUAUGUUAUUGUGAAAAAUGAUACAUGUAAUAGAAUGUUACCUAAAUACCUACCAGUGUAUGUUAUACUAAUUGCUGCAUCUAAUUAACAUUGCAGUGUACCAGAAUAAUGCAAUACACUUUCUCCAUUUUAGUUAUUGUAAAAACCCUUUUUAAUGUAGAAUUGUAUGCAAAUGUUUUGGCACCCUUGGUCAAAUUGCAUGUUUCACAGAACCUGAAAGUGAAAAGUUAACACAACCUCUGCAGGUUAAACGUGACGUAUAUCAGCACAUUUGUAAUGUACAAAUACUGUUUAUGUGCUGAAUUUAACACAUACAAAAAUAAAAUGGUGAAUGUGACAUUAAAGCUUUAAAACCCCUUAAUCAGCGUUAGAUAAUGAGAAUGAUUCUUAAAAGGAAUGAGCACAGUGUAUGCAAAACUAAGCUGCAGUAGAUAGGAAUUCUUUCAGGAAUCUUCAUUCAUAGGUUUGGGAUUCUAGAAUUAUGUACCCAGUCACAUUUUUGAUGUUGACAACUUUGCUUCCUUCGGGAAAUGUCUGGAUGAGAUCCUUUGAUCAGUCGCCUACUAGCAAAUGUGUUCGAUGGAUCAGAUGUCCUCCUCGCAUUGGUAACCUUAAUUAUCUACAGUAUGUUCUUAAAUACAAAUUUACCAUAAACUGCUUUGACCUUCAUGUAUUAUGGUGAAGCUGGAUAAUUCUGUGGCUGGUGUCGAUGUCUAAAAGUCUGCGAAAUGUAUUUUAUUUAUGUCAACUUCUGAAUUGAUUUUAACCUUAAUUUUUUUUAUAUAGACUUGAAAGAAAGUACUACAUUUUGGAAUUUUCUUCCUUUUACACAAAGUAUUAAUCGCUUACUUGUAUAUUUAGAUUUAAUACAUUUUGUCAUUUGUUUGCCAUAGCACAGAGAUAACACUCAAUAAAAAGCACUGUUUUUACAGUAUGAUGUAAUUUUGUUUGACAACUAUUAUAUACAUUUUGUAGUAAAGAUGUGCAACACAGGCACAAUCACACAUGGGAUCGCUUCCAUUUCCAGGAUACCAGUAGCACUAUAAAGGUGUUGUGGAACAAUCACAUUUCAGGUUUAGUAGAUGUACUGUAUGCCUACAACUUUGCCACCUUUUGAUCCUUUGUUCAAUAAACUGCUGUCGUUUCUUGAAAGAAGCCAGCGUAUCAACUUCAA